AGGCCUCUUUGGGAACGGCUCGCUCCAGAGGCCUUUCCUCCCUCCAGCUGCAGCAGAUCCUGGGGAGAAACCUCUUGGCGUGACCUUCAGGGGCCCUCCACCUGCCGCAGUGCCGGUAUCCACCUCCUGCUGGGGCUGUUUGGGUCAGAGCCCUUCUCUCCCCUCACCCGGCUGUGGCAGGAAAGUUCAAGGUGUCCUGGCAGCAGGAAGCUCCUUUGCUCCACCCUCUGCCAGGCACACCAGCUCUCUGAGCAUAGCGAGGACCUGCUGAACCAGAGCUGCCAGCGACAGCAGCCGGACCUGUGCUACCACCUGGGUGGGAGCUAGACCCCCGGCAUGAAGCGCCUCUUCUGCGGGCCCUCGGCAGCCAUCACUGUGCUCUUCUGCACCACCGUGCUCUGGUAUUCCUGCUCAGCUGCAGCUCAAGAGGUCUCCAAUGCUUCAACAAGCUCAAUGCUCACAACUGAGUAUGAAACACCAUGUCUUAACGUGAAUAUCUGCACGCAAGCAGCCCUGUGCUGCCCAACGGGCAUGGAUGAUUAUGGAUGGAUUGCAGCGGCCGUUGGCUGGAGUCUCUGGUUUCUGACUCUUAUCCUGCUCUGUGUGGACAAGGUCAUGAAACUCCGGCCUGAUGAACCCAAAUAUUUGGUGGCCUGAAGCAGGGCAAGCCAGCAAGCAGCAGCACCUGGGAGCAGUGAGGUGCAGACAGACUGACAAAGCAUUUCAAUCACUUCUUAAGAAACAAAACAGAAAUGGAAUGUACCUGCUGCCAAAAAAUGGCCAAAUUUAAUCAGGGCAUCUGCUGGGGUUUCAUCCUUCCUGGCAGGUCAGAGCUGCUGGCCAAGGUGUGGAGCAGGCACGUCCCUGUGAGCCACCACCUAUGUCCCACAUUGCACAGAAAACCUUGUCCCCAAGACCUUUCAUGCUUGCUGUGAUUUUGCCAGCAGAAUGAGGUGCUGAAGGACCAGUUACUAGUCUACGGCAUGUUGCCUUAAGACAACCCAGUACAUAACCUUUGGCUUUGAAACAGAAAGUGGGCAAAUAAAGCUAUUUGCUGGAGGAUCAGUUUUACCAGAUCUGUUACUAAGCUACAGACCAGGUUGCUACAUCAAUAAGUCGAUGUAACUCAUUGAUAAUACCGAGUCCUUCUCGCUCACCUGCGCUAUUUUAAAGUCUAUUAACUGAUACCAGUGAAAGCUCUGUUCUGGAAACUUCAGGAUUGUUUGGGCUGUUUUGAAAUUAAAAUUAGUUUUUCUAGUGGAGUUCAUAUGUGCAGUUUUGUAGGAAUUGAACAGUGGUUGUAUUUGUUUGGCUUGUGCCUGCCUAACUAAACCAAGAUGAACCAUGACAAGCAGGUCUAAACCAGCAUAUCCAAAUCAUACACAAAACUAUUCCUAUUUACGCAAGAUGAUAAUAAACACUCUGACUGAUGGGAAGAUUCUCACUGGUUUAUAUUGAUAAAGCUUAUAUUGGCAAGGAAAUACUCUACCCAAAUUGUUAGAAACAUGAUUCUAACAAGAAAUAUUUGCGCAGGAGGAUUUGGCUCUCUGCAGUCAAACUGGUUUGGGGCAGUUGCAUCAGUUUGAUUUCUAUCCGUUAUUAAAACAACAAAUCUGUGUUAAACCCAUCUAGAUAUACAAAGGAUUAGCAAACCUGCUGGAGACAGACUGAAAUUAAACACAGUUACUCUUUAAUAAAAUCAAGCUCUUUUGGAGAUCCAUUAAAUAUCAUUAAAGCCUCCCUUCAGCUUAUCAGUGUAUAACUGUUCCAGUUGGAAAAGAUACAAACCAGUUUAAGACUUCUCAAAUUGGUUCUGGCACAACCAGGCACUUUGAUCAGGGCAACUCUGCCAUUUCAGAGUGAUGGGCAGUCGUCUGCCAUCAACAGGAAUGGGUACAAGUUGGACACUGAGGAGAAGACUUCCUUCCCUAUCAUUAGUAUCAUUUAACACAAAGUCUUCUGCAUUGAAAUGCCCAUCACUCUGAAAUGGCACAGAGUUGUCCUGAUCAAAGUGCCUACAUCUUAUUGUUGGUGUUGACUGAAAGAACAGUGAGUUCUACAAUCACUGAUAUACAAGCAAUCUUCUAGCUACAUACAAGAUUUUUUUCCUGAUUUACUAGAUUUAAUCGUGGAAAAUGUGCACUGGCCUGAAAGCAUUGUGAUACUGUGAAAAAAAUCCAUGCCUAUUGCAUUAGUGCCUACCUUCUGCAGACCUCUUCCUACAGUUUUCCAGUCUUACAGAGAUUGUUCUCUUGGUUGGGAACACAGAAGCACCUGCUGGAUAUGGCACUGGCUUUCAUCUUUGAGGAGAUGUGUUUCAUAGCUUUCACAAUUCCUUGGCUAAGACUGUAAGUGUAUGGAUGCAGCCAGUCACAGAAGUAUAUCUAUUUCGGUCUCAAGUGUUGUAAGCAUGUGAUGUCCUACAGCCCAGCACAACACCCACAAACAAGCUUCAUAACAACUGGACAAUUCUGGGGUCUUCCUAAAGCCUGCAAAAUCAGGUAUACAAAUGCAGAUCAUUUCUGCUGUCAAAUGUGUACUUUUUCUAGAGCAAUGAUCUGUAAACCUCUGAUCUAAUACAACCGUUUUCUUUCCUUAGUGCAUCACACAUAUGAUAUUGCCAGGUUUGAUCAAUAGCUUCUCCUUUUCAAGUCAUUUGACUUCAUAGGAAGUGGACUGAAUCAUUUAGAAAAAUGUAAUCCUGUAAUGAAUUUUACGAACAUAAAUAAAAUGUAUUUUGGGACACACUGGGAUCCCAGUGUGUUCAGGAUCCCUAAACAAAGUGGCAGCAUCUCAAAAGCUCCGAGGCUACCAAUGUAAACAUCUCAUCUGUUCCUAUGCAAUUAAGUACAAAAAUAAAAGAUUAUUUUAAAGAGA